AUGUCGACGCAACACGAGAAGAUCGACAGACUUGAUUGCUCGGCAGUUUAUCGCAUCGAAUGCGGCAACUGUGUCCAGAAGCAUAUCGAUGAAACAGGAAGAAAAGUCGGCCUACUAAUCAAGAAACAUCAAAGGCUCUGCAAGAAUAUGGAUACGGAAAGAUCGGAAAUGGCGGAACACAUUGCUCGAACGGGACACGAAAUCGACUUAAAAUCGACAGAAAUUCUGGCUACAUAUGGUGAAAAUACGAGAAAACGCAGAAUCCGAGAGACCAUCGAUAUACUGACCGAGAAGACUUGA